UAUCCUCACCGGCCUGCCUGCCGGAACCGUUCACCACCACGCCGCCCUCACAGUACACAUCUACUCGAUGCGGCUUCAUUUUUCUCAAGGUCAAAACCGAAACCAUGUCGGCGCGCUUGUCAACUCAUCACUCCAGGGUCAGCUUCAGGGAGUACCUAUAUAUGUACGUACGUGCAAUUCGAAGGUCAGCUUGUGCCACAGCAAGCUUGCAAGUCAAGAGAGCCAAGAGAGGUCGAUCUUUUCAGAGCUCGCUCAGGAGGCUCGGCAGAGCGCGCAAUGAUGCGCGGGCCGGGAGUUGGCCAGGCAGGGGAGCGGCGCGGGUACAAGGGCGUGCGGCGCCGGCGGUGGGGGAAGUGGGUGUCGGAGAUCCGGGUGCGCGGCACGCGGGAGCGGCUGUGGCUCGGCUCCUACGCCACGCCCGAGGCGGCCGCCGUCGCGUACGACACGGCCGUCUACUUCCUCCGCGGCGGAGGUGGCGACGUCGCGGCGCUCAACUUUCCCGAGCGCGCGGCAGCCGCGUACGGUGGCGGCGCCGGGGCGGGCCGGCUGUCGCCGCGGUCCGUGCAGCGCGUUGCGUCCGAUGCCGGCAUGGCCGCUGACGCGCAGGCGCAGCUCGUGGCGGCGUGGGACAGCGCGCCCGCGCCCGUGGCGAGGCACGCGGAUCGCACUGGCAGUGGCAGCGCGCGAGGUGGAAGCACGCGGCCGCACGGGGAUACCGACGCGUAUGCACGUAUGGGCCAUGCGAAUACUAGUAGAAACAGUGCAAGUGCUAGUAGGGAGCAUCUCGUUUCUGGGGAGAUUAGCGUGGAUGACGUAGAGAUCCAUUUUGAUGUAACUAAUUAAAAGAUACUCCUACUUCAGUGCUGAUGUUUUUUAAAAAAAGUAAGGAGCGUCUUAUUCCGACAUCUUAAUGAUCUAAAUCCUCUUAUUUUACUAGGAUGAAUUCAAAGGUGAAUAGUAAAUCGUGAGAAGAUGAACAACAGUAGGAUGACAAACAGUACAACGGAGAUACUGCAGCAUCAAAUACUGUAGCGACAUUACUGUUUAUAUAUCACUGUAGCAUAAAAGCCUAACUGUUCACCCAUGAUCCUAUGCUCGUGGUGGACACUCCACGACGAAGUCAGGUGAUCCGUUUCCAUCUAUAUAAGGUAUAGACUUAACUAUUCAUUAUUAAAAGAUUUAGCCA